CGCCUCCGCCGGCGGGCCAGGCGGGCGGACAGUGGACGGAGGAGCGCGAACGGCGGACUGGGGACCGGUGGCAGGCGCUGGGCACUGCGAGCGAGGAGCGUGCACCCGGCCCUCGGAGACCCCGGCCCAUGGCCGGCCCGGCCCCGCCCGCCGCCGACGAGCUGCCCGGCCCGGCCCGGCGCCUCUACUCCAGGAUGGAGGCCUCGUGCCUGGAGCUGGCCCUGGAGGGCGAGCGUCUCUGCAAGGCCGGCGACUUCAAGGCGGGCGUGGCCUUCUUCGAGGCCGCGGUGCAGGUGGGCACCGAGGACCUGAAGACGCUGAGUGCCAUCUACAGCCAGCUGGGCAACGCCUACUUCUACCUGAAGGAGUACGCCCGGGCCCUGGAGUACCACCGCCACGACCUGCUGCUGGCCCGGACCAUUGGUGACCGCAUGGGGGAGGCCAAGGCCAGCGGGAACCUGGGCAACACGCUCAAGGUCCUGGGCCGCUUCGACGAGGCUAUCGUCUGCUGCCAGCGGCACCUGGACAUCGCCCAGGAGCAGGGGGACAAGGUCGGGGAGGCCCGGGCCCUCUACAACAUCGGGAACGUGUACCACGCCAAGGGCAAGCAGCUGUCCUGGAGCGCCGUGCAGGACCCCGGGCACCUGCCGCCGGACGUUCGAGAGACGCUGCGCAGGGCCUCCGAGUUCUACGAGAGGAACCUGUCCCUGGUGAAGGAGCUGGGCGACCGGGCAGCCCAGGGCAGGGCCUACGGCAACCUGGGCAACACCCACUACCUGCUGGGGAGCUUCGUGGAGGCCACGGCCUUCCACAAGGAGCGCCUGGCCAUCGCGAAGGAAUUUGGGGACAAGGCAGCCGAGCGGAGGGCCUACAGCAACCUGGGGAACGCCCACGUCUUCCUGGGGCGCUUCGACGUGGCUGCCGAGUACUACAAGAAGACGCUGCAGCUGUCCCGGCAGCUGAGGGACGCGGCGGUGGAGGCGCAGGCCUGCUACAGCCUGGGCAACACCUACACGCUGCUGCAGGACCACGAGCGCGCCGCGGAAUACCACCUGCGGCACCUGCUCAUCGCCCAGGAGCUGGCCGACAGAGUGGGCGAGGCCCGGGCCUGCUGGAGCCUGGGGAAUGCCUACGUGUCCAUGGGGAGCCCGGCGCAGGCCCUGACCUUCGCCAGAAAGCACCUGGAGAUCUCCCAAGAGAUCGGGGACCGGAACGGGGAGCUCACGGCCCGCAUGAACGUGGCGCAGCUGCAGCUGGUGCUGGGCCGGCUGACCAGCCCGGCGGCCGCCGAGAAGCCAGACCUGGCCGGCUACGAGGCCCAGGGGGCCCGGCCCAAGAGGACGCAGAGGCUGACCGCGGAGACCUGGGACCUGCUGAGGCUCCCCCCAGAGCGGGAGCAGAAUGGGGACAGCCACCACUCCGGGGACUGGCGGGGGCCCGGCAGGGACCUGCUCCCCCUCCCCAUGAGGAGCAGGAAGUACCAGGAAGGUCCCGACGCCGCUGAGAGGAGGCCCCGGGAGGGCGGCCACUCCCCCCUGGACAGUGCGGACGUCCGGGUGCAGGUCCCUCGCACGAGCGUCCCCCGGGCCCCCUCCUCUGACGAGGAGUGCUUCUUCGACCUGCUAAGCAAGUUCCAGCGCAGCCGCAUGGACGACCAGCGCUGUCCGCUGGAGGAGGGCCAGCCUGGGGCCGCUGAAGCCACGGCCUCCCCCACCCUGGAGGAGAGGGUUGCCCGGCCCCCGCUGACGGCCUCCCCCCAGACGGAGGAGCUCUUCGACCUCAUUGCCAGCUCCCAGAGCCGGCGGCUGGACGACCAGCGGGCCAGCGUGGGCGGCCUCCCCGGGCUGCGCGUCACCCGCAACAACCUGGGCCACCUGCGCGGCGAUGGGGACCCCCAGGAGCCCGGGGACGAGUUCUUCAACAUGCUCAUCAAGUGCCAGUCCUCCAGGAUCGAUGACCAGCGCUGCCCGCCACCCGACGGGCUGCCCCGCGGCCCCACCAUGCCGGACGAGGACUUCUUCAGCCUCAUCCAGAGGGUGCAGGCCAAGCGGAUGGAUGAGCAGCGGGUGGACCUCGCCGGCAGCCCCGAGCAGGAGGCGGGCGGGCCGCCCGAGCAGAGGCCGCAGUGCCAGCCCGGCACCGGCUAAGGCCUCGCGCCCCCCGCCGAGCCCGCCCCGCCCCACUCCUGGGUGCCCGGGGGAGCGGCUGGAAUCGUCCGGGACGCCCACGGCCAAGGCCGUGGCCGAGGGCAGGCUCUGAGCCCCCCCGCCCUUCCCACUGAGCUGGACGCUGGGCACGCCGCCCCUGACGGCGUCCCCCUCCCCGGGGUGGCGGGCUGGGCCGGGGCUGGCGUUUGGGGAAAGGCACUCUGUCCUGGGCCGGCCCCACGUGACAUGGUACACAGCUCCCUGCAGGCCUGCCCGGCCCGGCCCGGCCCUCCCCCCUGCCUGUGCCCCCCCUCCCCUCCUCCGCCGCCACCCCGGGCCUUCAGCCUGGCGGCCCUGACCGAGGUGCUGUCGAGACUUCCUGCCCCUUGCGCCCGCCCCCGCCGCCCGGUCCUGCCUGGCCAAAUGUGAAAGCCCUGUUGCCCCACCACACCCCCGAGGCUCUCCGCAGACUUCCUGGGGCCACCGGCGACACAGGUCUCCGUUCUCCCACGGCUGUUGCCGGGAAGGCUCAGCGCUGACAUGCUCACUCCGGGCCCGGCCCCUCGCCUCCCCCAGAGGGCCCCUCCCUCCCCCCUUCCCUCCUACCCAGACCAGAGGAGGGGGAACAGGAAGGCACCCCAGACUGCCUGCAGCAGAGGCAGGCUCCCAGGGCCCCCGGCCCCUCAGUCCUGAGCAGGCAGGGGCCCCGAGGGGGAGGGGGAAAGCAGGACAUUCCUCAGCUCCAAGCUCCGAGGUCCGGCAACAACGGGACCUGGUUCUGGGAGGGCCGCCCCUGCCAGGACGGUGAUGGCACGAGGGGUCCACAUGGCAGCCGUGGGCAGUGUGGGGUCGGCAGGGCCGGCUGGCUCGGCUCCACCCUGGGCGCCCUAGAGAGGACCCAGCUCUCCCUGCCACCAGCUAGGGCUGUGACAUCCCUGCUUCUCCCAUACGUGGGGUGGAUGUGGUCCCUGAACAUCCAGGUCGGCUGCAGGACUGGGCAGCAGACAGGCCGCCUGGGGACAGUGGCCAGCAGCUCCUGGCCACCCACAGCGCCCCCCCUUGUCCACAGCCCAGGCCGAGCCUCAGCUCCACAGCCGCCAGGGCACCGCCUCCUCCUGUGGGCGGCAGCUGGCCGGACCCGCUCGGAGCACACAGCCUGCAGCCCUGGGUGAGGGGCCCCCGAGGGCGGGGCGGGCAGGUGUGGGGUCCGGCCGCAGGGCACAGGCUCCCGCUCGGCCGCCCGAGUACUUGAAUGUACAUGUGUAUUUAUUGCCCUCGCGUGUUUGCCACGUCGUGCGUGGGUCCUUCCGACCCAAGAGGUACAUUUGUUUUUCUGGAAAAAAUAAAGUCUGCCAAGUGA